GUUCGUAUUUUCUAGAUGAAGUCAGAGGAGAAAUAGAAUGAAAGCUCGAAAAAUUGAUGGGACAAGGUGUCGAACUCUACUCUCGCCAGCCUUUAGCGUCGAACGUUAUCAUCCUUAAACCUCUCAGCGCAUCUCCACUGCCGAGUUAGUUAAAAGGGUUCGCCAUCUCUCAUACCGGUCUAUUACAGCAGUAGCCAACCUUCGAGUACUACGGCGUACAAGAAUGUCCCACGUCUUACGAUGAUAAUCGAUUUGACUUGCCCCAACGAGUUUAUCUCAAGUUUUUUUUUUAAUUUUCAAUAUGCCGUGCAUAUCAAUUGUUAGUAGUAUUGUUAGUAACUGGGGUUAGUAAGGGUUAGUACAUACAUAGUUAUAUUAUACAGGGCGAUAUGGGGAACAUCAAUGGGAUACAAUGUGGUGGAGGGCGGGGGGACAAUGUGGCGGAAGUGGGGAUCGAACCCGGGACAAUUGAAUACAACGCUAGAUGCUAUAACCAUUAUAUCAUGGUCGCAUAUCCUCACCAAACUAUUUCCGGAAGUAGAUCAUAUCCUAAAAAAGUAUUGGCUGAGCAUAUCUAACAAUAUUUCAUUUCUAGGUUGCAUUAUUUAAUAGCCCAGUGGUAUAGUGUUGGAUUGACACGCCGGAGUCCAGGGUUCAAAUCCCAUCAAAGACAUUUUUUCACUAGGUCAUUCUACCAAUUUGCGCAACAAGAAAUCUCAGAGUUACCUCAUAAGAAAAGAAGAAGCGAAAGCAUAUGGGGUUUUUAAUUCAUUCUUAACAAAACCAGAGUCAUCUUGGUUGCAGCAGGAGAUGAGCUCUGAACGCAGGUAGUUGACAUGGAUAUGUGCGUUGGGGCAUUCCACCGCUAGGUGACUCUACUACUACCAACGGAAAAUCGUCUGCUCGUGCUCGUACGUCAGUUCCAAACUUGAUGGGUUGGCAAGUUCAAGUUGGGAACCAUAAUUCGUGUUUAGAUGAUAUAGCAUGAUAGAUUCAAGGUGAAAUAAAAAUUAAAGAUGAUUUCAUUUCUUAGGUAUGGGUAAGGCCAUUCGAAGGCCACGAGUUAAUGUUUCCGCCGGUGGAUUUAUUUGAAGAUUUUAUUUGAUUUCAUCUGAUUAGAACUACUCUUCAUUUCCUGUGACAUUGGAGGAGCAGCCAGGAGAAUCGAGACACCAUCUCGGACAUCAUGGCCCUUUGAUGAAGAUCAGGUGAUGGAGUUAUUCAAAGGUCCAUCCAAACUUCCUAAGGGACUGGCUUAACAAAAAGGACACAAUGGAGGUUUUCAUGGAAUCCCCAUAAUGGGCAACGAAAUAAUUUCGUCAUGGAUAUGCAGACCGAGAGAGCAGUGUACCCAAUUAGUAAAACCGGUCGACGAAAAGAAGUUUAAAUUCACCAUUCCGGGCAACUCGUUUUCCCUGUUGUUUGGUGCUGGCUUGCGACACUGACCGGCAUUUGAACAACAUGUUGAGCUGUUCGCUUUUGCUGUUAGCAUUAAGCAACUCUGAAACCUAUGCAAGGAAAUAUUUCACCUGUACAGUCACCUUGAACCUUGUUUAUUGUAGAUUGCCAAUCACAAAAGAGUAUCAGGUCAUGCCAGAGAUGCAACGUUUUUGCGUAAAAAACUAAAAAUCCUUAUGGGCCUUCGUAAGACAACGAUUCGAGAAAGUUAUUUGGCGCCCCACCCUCAUAUUGGCAUAUUGGUCGUCUCUUUUUCGUAUAAAAUCGUGGAGGAAUGACUUGGAAAGUAUCAGUUUUCUAGCUGUUUCAAACAAGUCAACUACUGCUCCCAACAUGAAGUUCUUCAUCCUCGUUGCCCUUUUCGCCUUCGCUGCUGCCGAUUCCUACAAGGCUGCUGAGUACAAAGAACUAAAAAAAGAGGCUCCUAAAUACGAGGUCCCCAAGUACGAGGCCCCCAAAUACGAGGCGCCCCCUAAAUACGAGGCUCCCAAGUACGAGGCUCCUAGAUACGAGGCUCCUAAGUACGAGACCCCUAAAUACGAGACCCCUAAAUACGAGGCCCCCAAGUACGAGGCUCCUAGAUACGAGGCUCCUAAGUACGAGACCCCUAAAUACGAGACCCCUAAAUACGAGGCUCCCAAGUACGAGGCUCCUAGAUACGAGGCUCCUAAGUACGAAGAAGUGACAUACGCCCCCCAACCCUACAGCUUCGGAUACGAUGUCCAGGAUAAAGAAUCUUACAAUGACUUCGAGCACAACGAGAAGUCUGACUACAACGUAGUCACUGGAUCCUACCGUGUUGUUCUCCCCGAUAGCCGCAUUCAGAUCGUCACCUACAAAGCUGACGCAAACGGAUACACAGCUGAUGUGAAAUACGAAGGCGAAGCCAUUUUCCCUGAGAACGCUGAGCCCCAAUAUAAAGCUGAUGCUUCCUACUCCCCUCCAUCCUACAAGGCUCCCCAAUACCCAAAACCGGCCUACGUCGCCCCCGCUUACGCCGCUCCAGCCUACACUACUCCAGCCUACACUACUCCAGCCUACACUACUCCAGCCUACACUACUCCAGCCUACAAAGCCCCUGCUGCCAACCCGAAAUAUUAAUUUCCGUCAAUUUUCGUUUUCUUCUUUUUGAGUUAUCUUAAUUAAAAUCUUAUUAUUUAAUAAAGUUUUUAAAAGGUC